GGCACCGACGGAGCGGUCCCGCGGGCCCUUCGCGCUGAGGCUCCUGGAGACAGGCCCGGCGGAGAUGCGGCUGCUGCUGCUGCUACCCCUGCUGCUGGCCCCCGCGCCCGGGUCCUCGGCUCCCCAGGUGAGGCGGCAGAGUGACACCUGGGGCUCCUGGGGUAAUUGGAGCCCCUGCAGCCGGACGUGUGGAGGGGGCGUCAGCUUCCGGGAGCGCCCCUGCUACACCCAGAGGAGAGAUGGGGGCUCCAGCUGCGUGGGUCCCACCCGGAGCCACCGCUCUUGCCGCACGGAGAGCUGCCCUGACGGCUCCCGCGACUUCAGGGCGGAGCAGUGCGCGGAGUUUGACAGCCGCGAGUUCCAGGGGCGGCGCUACAAGUGGUUGCCCUACUACGGGGCCCCCAAUAAAUGUGAGCUGAACUGCAUCCCCAAGGGGGAGAGCUUCUACUAUAAGCACAAGGAGGCCGUUGUAGACGGGACACCCUGUGAACCUGGCAAACGGGACAUCUGUGUGGAUGGCAGCUGCAGGGUCGUCGGCUGUGACAACCACCUGGACUCGUCGAAGGAGGAGGACAAGUGUCUGCGGUGCGGGGGUGACGGCACAACCUGCUACCCCAUCACGGGCGUCUUUGAAGCCAAUGACCUCAGCAGAGGCUACAACCAGAUCCUCAUCGUCCCAAUGGGGGCCACCAGCAUCCGCAUCGAGGAGGCAGCCACCAGCAGGAAUUUCCUGGCGGUGAAGAGCAUCCGUGGUGAAUACUACCUCAAUGGACACUGGACCAUCGAGGGUGCCCGCGCCCUGCCUGUGGCCAGCACCCUCCUGCACUAUGAGCGGGGAGCUGAAGGGGACCUGGCGCCUGAGCGGCUCCAUGCCCGUGGCCCCACCUCGGAGCCCCUGGUCAUUGAGCUCAUCAGCCAGGAGCCCAACCCAGGCGUGCACUUCGAGUACCACCUGCCCCUGGAUGCCCCCCGGCCUGGCUUCAGCUGGAGCCACAGCUCGUGGGGUGACUGCAGCGCUGAAUGUGGUGGAGGUCAGCAGACCCGCCAGGUGUUCUGCACCAUGGAUGACGAGGUCUAUCCCGAGCACCUGUGCCAGCCCCAGCCGCGGCCGACUGACCGCCGCCCCUGCAGCCUGCAGCCCUGCCCGCAAACCAAGCGGACCUCUUACCUGCACCGGCCCAGAUCGUGGCACCUUGCUGGGGCCCAGCGUGUGUGCAGGAGCAGCUGGAAGACGGGGCCCUGGACGCUCUGCUCAGCCUCCUGUGGGGGCGGCUCCCAGUCCCGCUCUGUCUACUGCGUCUCGUCUGAUGGGGCCAGUGCCCAGGAGGCUGCCGAGGACGCUGAGUGUGAGGGUCUGCCUGAGAAGCCCCCGGGCACGCGGGCUUGCAACCUGCAGCGCUGCGCAGGCUGGAGCGUGGAGCCCUGGAGCGAGUGCUCUGUCAGCUGCGGUGUGGGGGUCCGGAGGCGGAGUGUCACCUGCCGGGGUGACGAGGGGUCUCUGCUCCAUGCCACGGCCUGCUCCUUGGAGGACCGUCCCCUGCUCACUGAGCCCUGUGUGCGCGAUGACUGUCCACCCCUCAGUGACCAGGCCUGGCACGUGGGUGCCUGGGGUCUAUGCUCCAAGAGCUGCAGCUCGGGCACUCGGAGGCGCCAGGUGGUCUGUGCCCUUGGGGCCCCCAGCCGCUGUGGGAGCCUGCAGCCGUCCAAGCCCGCAGCCGUGGAGGCCUGCAACAUGCAGCCCUGCGAUCUCCCUCCAGAGGUCCCCAGCAUGCCGGAAGUACACACCAGCCCCAGGGACCCCCGGAUGUCUUUGGGCCCACGGGAGGCCUCUGCCUCAGAUUUCAGAGACCAGUGGUGGGCACCCCAGGAGCAGCCCUCGGCACGGGGUAACCCCAGAGGAGACCAGAGCCCACCCCUGUCAGCCCCGGGCCCUGCCCCGUCUCUACAGCUCUCUUCAUACCGGCAGCCUCUGCGACCGGGCUCUGGGCCCCGCGACUGCAGACAGAGCUCCCACGGGUGCUGCCCUGACGGCCACACCGCGUCCCUUGGGCCACAGUGGCAAGGCUGCCCUGGGGCCUCCUCAUGUCAGCAGAGCAGGUUCGGGUGCUGCCCUGACGGCGUGACUGUGGCCGAGGGGCCCCAUCAGGCAGGCUGCAUGAGCUCUUAUGGACGUGACAACUCCGGGGGCAGGCCAGGAUUGAGAGCAGCGGCCUCCGCAGUCCCCAGUGCCCACUGGCCCCAGGCCCAGCAGAAGGAGCCCAGCGAGUGCCGGGGCUCCCAGUUUGGCUGCUGCUAUGACCACGUGGCCUCCGCACUGGGCCCCCUGGGGGAAGGCUGUGUGGGCCAGCCCAGCUCUGCGUACCCCGUGCGGUGCCUGCUGCCCAGUGCCCACGGCUCCUGCACUGACUGGGCUGCCCGCUGGUACUUCAUCCCCUCUGUGGGCCAGUGUAACCGCUUCUGGUACGGUGGCUGCCACGGCAACGCCAACAACUUCGCCUCAGAAGAGGAGUGUGUGAGUGCCUGCCGGGGACCCCAGCCCGGGGCCGGGGCCUCUGGCCAGAGCACCCACGGAGAUGGUGGCGGCAGCAGUCCUGGGGGCCAGCAGGCUGCCAGCCGGCAUGGGCCAGGGCCCAUGGUCCAGAGAGGACCCUUGCCUUCCGGUGGCCUCCGCUGGCAAGACCAAGAGCCUGGGCCGGGGGUGAUGGACCACAGACCAGCCUUUGGAGAGGGGCCCUGGGGCCAGGAGACUGGACCCAGUGCCCCUGGACUGAGUGGAGAUGCCGGACGACCAGCGCCUCCUUCUCGUGGCUCCUCCUACAGGAUCACUCUGGCAGGCUCGGAGCCCUCCGUAGUGCAGGCGGCUCUGGGGCAGUUGGUGCGGCUCUUCUGCCCAGAGAGUGGCUCCCCGGACCCCGACUCCAGGUGGCAGAAAGAUGGGUGGCCCAUCUCCUCUGACAGGCACCAGCUGCAGUCUGACGGCUCCCUGGUCAUCAGACCCCUGAGGGCAGAGGAUGCGGGCACCUACAGCUGUGGUGGCCCCGGGCCAGACCAUCACUCUCAGCAGGUCCAGCUCCGCAUCACAGGGGGUGACGUGGCCGUGCCUUCUGAGGCUGAACCAAGGCACUUCCCCGAGACCAGGGACCCAGCCCAGGACUACAGCCCUGGGGACCCCAGCCGCGAGGGCCCUGCCGCCGCCUCACACCCGUGGCCCCUGACCAGGGUGCGUCUGGACAGGAGCCAGCCCGGAGUGCUGGACGCCCAGCCAGGCCAGCGGGUCCGGCUGACCUGUCGUGCUGAGGGCUUCCCACCCCCGACUAUCGAGUGGCAGAGAGACGGGCAGCCUCUCUCCUCCCCUAGACACCAGCUGCAGUCCGACGGCUCCCUGGUCAUCAGCCGCGUAGCUGUGGAGGAUGGAGGCUUCUACACGUGUGUCGCGUUCAAUGGGCACGACCGGGACCAGCGCUGGGUCCAGCUCCGAGUGCUGGGGGAGCUGACCAUCACAGGGCUGCCCUCCACGAUGGCGGUGCCGGAAGGGGACACAGCUAGGCUGCUGUGUGUGGUGCCAGGAGAAAGCGUGAACAUCCGAUGGUCCAGGAACGGGCUGCCGGUGCGGGCUGAUGGCCACCGCGUGCACCAGUCCCCAGACGGCACGCUGCUGAUCCACAACCUGCGGGCCAGGGAUGAGGGCUCCUACACGUGCAGCGCCUACCGUGGAAGCCAGGCCGUCAGCCGCAGCACCGAGGUGAAGGUGCUCCCGCCGGUGCUGGCCGCCCAGCCCCGGGACCCCAGCAGGGACUGUGUCGACCAGCCGGAGCUGGCCAACUGUGACCUGGUCCUGCAGGCCCGGCUCUGCGGCAACGAGUACUACUCCAGCUUCUGCUGCGCCAGCUGCUCCCGUGUCCAGCCGCCCGUGCAGCCCGUCUGGCAGCAGGGACACAGCUCGUAGUGCUGGGAGGAGGCGGCUCUUGGUCUCCCCUCUCUGGCUGAGGAGGGAGUUCUCCACAGACACUGGCCUGGUCAGAGCCGCCCCCGACCGUGGAGGGCCAGCAGCAGCGGUCCCAGCGGUGUCCGUGGCUCUGACCCAGCGGCCUCUUGUUUGCAAUAAGGACACUUUUCACUUGACAAUUUCUCUCUCUGAUUUGUUAUGCAGGAUCAGCUCACUGUGUCUUUAAAACCAGCUACCAGGGUUCUCCCUUUGCUGAAGGCUAGGUGGGGAGGUGUCCUGUCUGAUUGGGGAAGGUAACUCCUGGUGUGUAAGGGAAACAUUCUUUGCUAGACCUAGGUCCCAUCUGGGGUCCAGAUGUGGUUCAUCGCUCCAGUCUCUCUAGCCCUUCCUAGGGAGUCUAGUGACCAGCUUUAGCUCCCAUCCGUAUGGUUAAUAGCACAAAGUUGGUGAAAGCCCUCAGCAAAGUGGGAGAUAAUGAAAACUAAAAACCAGGCACAGUACCAACAGGAUAGAGGGACCAGUGGAACAGACGGUGACGUUAAGAAAGGGAAGAGGGAAGUGGUUUCAGAGUUAGGAGAGGUCAUUCUUCCUCUUUCAGCCUCUUAAGGCCUUGAUGAAGACACGAGGCCUGGUUUCAAUGAGCUUCCGAGUUCCUUUCCACUUUAACCUUCUCCCAAUCCCCCAGAGGACGGGCUGGGCCUAGUAACAGAGGUCUUUCUGGGACACAGGAAAAACCAGCAUUACCGGGACAGGUGAUUUCUAUUACCAACACUCUAGCUGGAAAAGAAACAAUUGCUUCAUGGGUGAGUGAUACUUCUUGGUCUACCUCUCAUUCAGCAACAGAAACAUGGGCGGGGACAGAGGUCUUUUUUUCUUUCCAGUUUUAAAAACCAUUGAGGUGCAUCCCCUUCCAUGUACCAUGGCUGGUUUGGCUAUAGAAAUUGGAAGGUAAGGGCUACUUUGUUGGACUCCACUGUUCUCUAGUUAAAUCACUAUUUGUCAGAUUGGUGGCAUACUCCAGACCUCAGCUAGCUCCUGGAACUAGUCAGAGUGGUGGGAUAUGGUGAGAGUAAAACUCAGUCUAGACCAGUGGUUCUCACACUGGGAGCUUUUUCAAGAACUGAGGCUGGGGGUCUACUCCCCGGAAAUUUAAAUUGGUCAGGAGUAUGGGCUGGAUAUGAGGAUUUUUAAAAGCUCCCAGAUGACUCUCAUACAUAUCCAUGGUUCAGAGUCACUGCUGCAGCCCAACUUCUCAGAAUGUGAGUCUUGUUAAAAUGCAAAUUCUGACGACUAGGUCUGGGCUGGGGUGGAGGCUGUCUGUCUACACAGCCGCCAGGUUCAAGCCUGUACUCGGAGCACCGAGAACCUGACCUCAGAGAUGUGCUCAGGAACGACCGGAGGCUCAAGUAUGAAUACAGAUAGGCACUUUAAGAGUAUACUAGCCCCAAUGAAAGAUUUUCUAGCCAUCACACUAGAGAUCUGCGGCAGCAGCGGAAUGCAGAGAGGACGAGACCACAAGGAUGAGACUCAUUCGCUAAUAGAGCAAAGGGCAAAGAACAGCUCUUCAUGGCAAAAGCUUCUACCACGAACGUUUAUUUUUGUUAAAGCAGAUUAUAAAUUCUCAUCAGUACAAAUAUAUAUAUAACAUACAUUUGAUUGUAAGGCCAACGUUCGAAAGUAAAAAUGAGAUGGGAUCUUACGUUGUUACCAGAGGUCAAGUGGCUACAACUGGCAACAGAAUGUUCAGCUCACAAGAAGAGGGAUGGAUGCACGCACGCACACACACGCACGCACGCACACACACGCAGUGCUAACAAGACUAGGACCUCCAUCCCCACAAAACUCGUGGGAACAAAACUUAAAAGGACAAAACAAAACCCACCAAGACCUACAUGACAAACCAACACGGUAACCUGCGUUCCCGUCUCAUGGAUAUGAUUACAUCAUUGUCACCUUAGUGUUAAAGGAUUAACAUAAGGAAACUGCAGCAGUAUAGAAAAGACAAGACAUUCUCUAUUUAGAUUGAACCCAUUAAAAUAAUGACAUUACAGGUGUAAAACCAAGACAAUACUGCUUGCUCUUUAUUUAAAACUACUACCUAGCUGACCAUACUGGUCAUAAGCAUGAUUGUUGUUGCAGUGUGCUACUUACAGUAAGUGAUACCAAGUGAGCUAGGGAUCCCACCUGCCACUUCCAGCCCUUCCUCUUUUUUUACUUCAAUAGGCAUCAAUGAUGAUAAACCAAUCUUAUGUACAAUUUCUUACAGCUAACCUUUUUACCUUUGGCAAGAUUACUUACAACUCAUACAACUUUUUAAUAGUGAGAACUAUUUAAAAUAUUCUAAAUGCAUAAAAAUAAAGAUUUUGGCUUUUUGA